AUGUUACGUUGGCUCAACAAUGACACCAGCCGUAAGAAAGAGCCUGAGGUGUAUGAAAAUGUCUUGGAAGGGCUCAAACGUGUAUAUAAAGCCAAGAUAUUGCCCCUGGAAGAGCAUUACAAUUUCCAUGACUUCCAUUCCCCAAGACUGGAUGAUCCAGACUUCGAUGCUAAGCCAAUGAUCCUUUUAGUUGGACAAUAUUCCACUGGAAAGACAACCUUCAUCAGGUAUCUCUUGGAAAGGGAUUUUCCAGGCAUCCGUAUUGGUCCUGAGCCCACAACUGAUGGCUUCAUCGCUGUCAUGGUUGGAGAUCAAGAUGGAACCAUUCCUGGGAAUGCACUGGUGGUGGACCCCAAGAGACAAUUCCGCCCAUUGUCCAAGUUUGGGAAUGCUUUCUUGAACCGCUUCCAGUGUUCCUUAGUUGAAUCAGCUGUCCUGAAAGGCAUAUCUAUAGUUGACACUCCUGGUAUUCUUUCGGGAGAGAAGCAACGUGUUGACCGUGGUUAUGACUUUGCUGGGGUUUUGGAGUGGUUUGCUGAGCGAGUAGACAGGAUCAUUCUUCUGUUUGAUGCACAUAAACUGGACAUAUCCGAUGAACUCUUUGAGGCAGAAGAACAAGAUUUGUUUGCAGACUUGCAAUCCUUACCCCGGAAUUCUGCUCUUCGGAAACUUAAUGACCUCAUCAAAAGGGCAAGACUGGCUAAAGUGCAUGCCUACAUUGUGAGUGCACUACAUGAUCAGAUGCCAUCCAUGUUUGGGAAGGAGGGAAAAAAGAAGGAACUCGUCAAAAACUUGGACAAGGUCUAUGAAAAAUUGCAGUUGGAGCAUCAGAUAUCACUUGGAGACUUCCCUGACAUUGAACAUAUGAGGGAAGUAUUGGGUAGAUAUGACUGGAACAAGUUCCACUCAUUGAAAAUUCGACUGAUAGAGUCGGUGGAUAAGAUGCUGGCUGAAGAAAUUGCUCGUCUCAUGCAGAUGAUACCCACUGAGGAAGCAAUGGUCAACAAAGAUCAUCUUGUCCGAGGUGGUGCAUUUGAUGGGAUUGUGGACAAGAGGAGCCCAUUUGGAUUUAAGAGGGGUGAAGGAGUUGAUGCUGGUGCAGGGGAGAAGGAAUGGAUUGUGGCCAAAGACCGUUACAAGUACGACGCCAUGUUUGAUACACUCAAUCCCAUCGACGGGAAAAUCACUGGAAAUGCUGCCAAGCAAGAAAUGGUCAAGUCUAAGCUGCCCAAUACAGUGCUGGGAAAAAUCUGGAAGUUGGCAGAUGUGGAUCGAGAUGGAAUGCUGGAUGCAGAUGAAUUUGCCCUUGCAAUGCACUUGAUCAACAUCAAACUUGAUGGACAUGAUUUACCAGCAGAACUUCCUGAGCAUCUCAUCCCACCAUCAAAAGCAGCGUUUUGAUUUUGAUGCUUUAUUAUAUUAUCGACAUCACUUUCUCAUGUCUUUCUAUACAUUGUCUUCUUGAUGUUGCUCCAUGUGGUCUGUGGUACUGAUUUGUUCCAUGCUAGUCCCACAGCACUUACAUUCAGGAAUGCAAAGAAGCCAGUCAAAGCUGACUUGACAGGGCCCUUGGAAAAAAAAAAAGAAAUGAACUGCUAAAGUCACAUAAAAACUUGGAAAAUUUGUGCAAAUCAGACAACUCUGAAAAACCUUUAAAGGCUAUUUGAGGAGGUUUCUCAAAACUAUUCCUGACAGUGAAAAUAUGCCUGUCACCUGAAUAAUGUGAAAGCAGAGUUUGAGCAAUACUGGCUUUAAUACUUUUUUUUUACUAUCUCUGCAAUGAUCUGAUCUUAAAUUCUCUUUUACAUCCACAAUGUUUAAAUGAUGAAGCCAUUUCGAUUUUCUUAAAAUGGUAAACAGAGUUUCAUUUCACCCAGUACUUGAAACUAGCAAGAAACAAUUUUGACCAGUUUUGAGGGGUCUAAGUGCAGUGGUUUUAGUCAGUUAAAAUUGCUGCAUGAAACCAUAUGGUCAAAAUCUGUGCAAAUGCUACUCAUGUCUGGUAUUGUUUCAUGUGUUUGGCAGCAGGGCAAACAUACAAUUUUUCCAUGGAGUUGGAAGCUUGCCAAUUUUAUGAUAAACCUAAUGGUGAAGAUAUAACAUCAACCAUCAAAACUGAAGUUCCAUUAUUAUUGCUGCACAUACGCAGCACAAAAUGAAUGCUUCAUGUAAGUAAUUCAUCUAUUCUAAAACUCCUGAGUCAUUUAUUUUUCCAAUGCCUUUGUACAUUAUCAUUUGUGAAAGAAAGUUGGGAAUUCCCACGAAGUUCAAACAUGCCCGAGAAACCAAGUAUACCAGUGGAUCUGUGAUUGUGUCGUGCUGGAGUCUGGGAGAUAUCCAACAACUCAUGAUUGGCAAACACGUUUUGCGAGACAGUCCAGAGUCAUAUGAAAUUUUUUUUUUUUUGCUUUUUUCAAUGCAUAGAAAAUGAACCUAAUGAUCCAUGCUUGCUUCACCCACCCACCUAUGGUGUGCCUUCUACAUUUUUUAUGUCAAUGUUUUUUUUACCAGCAUGUUGUUAUGAUCGGCUUAUCUGCUGAAUCAUAUUUUCCAGCAUCAUUGCAUGUUUUGUAGCUUAUGAUGGAGAUGUAGGCUCUGAAGCUCUUGAGUGAAUGCACUCAAUUCACAGAUUUCCUACAGAUUCAUUUAAUGAGGCAGUCAUGGUCUGUACUGUACCUCACCAUAGGCCUUGCAUCAAUCACAGCUUCAGUUGACUUUGUAUUGCACUUUCUGCAUGUCACUGGAUUAUAUUCAGUGCUAGAGAUAUUCAUUAAUUUUAAUUUCAAACAGUUACUCCCAUCCUCAUUAAUUGCCCUUGGAUAACAUUUUUCUGCCUCUCCAUGGCUUCUAGUCUAAUGUUAAUCUGAGCAGAUCAGAAGGCAGGAACUUGUGAAUUUUUACAUCUCCAUUUAUCAGAGAAAUAUGGAACUCACUCCUAUGUCUCAUUAUGCUUACCCGUGAAUAGCUCA